UCCCAGGUUGUACAUUCCUGCGUACAACUGAUCAAUCAUGGCUGCGUCGUCAUCUACGUUGAUUGGAUUGGAGGGAGAGCCAGUCUCAGGCCUGGGACUGCCUUUCUGUCCCUUCGACAUACGAGAUUGCCGUUUUGAUGGAGUUCUGGCGGCGGGGAUCUGGAGUAUCACCUCUUGCUGGCCGCAUUGGGCCCCUCGUCAGUUCGUCAGGCGACGGGUUUGGGU